GCAGGUCGCGCGCCAGGGGCCCGCCGGGCCACCGCAGGCCCAAGAGCGUGGGCAGGAGGAUCAACGACGCCCUGGAGAAGGUCUGGAGGCAGCUCAACAUGACCGUGCUGCACUACCGGCUGCAGCGCUUCGACAAGCUGUACUACCAGGUGGUGAUCGGGGUCAACGAGGACCACUACAUCCCCAGCUGGGUGCCGGACAAGGGGGACCUCCCCAAGCUCAGGCUGGACGACAUCCGGUCGAGCCAGAAGCUGGCCCACGAGUUGACCCGCAUGCACACUCAGCUGCAGAAGUUUUCCGUCGCCCUGGAGCAGAUGUCGGAGGACAACCGCAGGGACGACCCGCUGCGGCACGGCGCCCUGUCCAAGACCAAGAACUAUGUCAAGAUGCUGCUCUGCGAGGUGGAGUGGGCGCUGCUCUCGCUGGCCAUCCCGCUGCCCACCGCCGUGCCCCGCGACAUCAUGUCUUCGGCGGAGCGCAACAUCACGGACAACACGAACCGCGCGAUCCGCGACUGGGGCGUGCUCAUCAAGUACCGCGACUUCCUGCACGGCUGGGCCGACAUCGUGGCGCAGGCGGGCCGCGAACGCGCGUGUGACUCGAAUGACUGCGUGUGA